AUGAUGAUGGAUGAAGAUGUUGAGCAGGCCAGUUUGUUGUCUUUCAAUGACAGGCCUAGGGCUUUUCCCAACAUGCGUACUAAAACCUACAGUCCACUGAUAUUCCGGCUUCUUAGAAAAUUGAAUGUUCGUGUUCUUUCUAUAAUUCUGCUAAUCUGCUUUGGAGCCAUCUUUUACAUGGGAGCUAGUACUUCUCCUAUCAUCUUGUUCGUCUUCACAGUAUGCAUCAUCAGCUUCCUUUUGUCAUUGUAUCUAACCAAGUGGGUUUUAGCGAAAGAUGAAGGACCUCCAGAGAUGGUUCAGAUAUCAGAUGCUAUACGUGAUGGAGCUGAAGGUUUUUUCAGAACGCAGUAUAGCACUAUAUCAAAGAUGGCUGUCUUGCUAGCUUUUGUGAUUCUUUGCAUUUAUCUGUUCCGUAGCUUGACUCCCCAGCAAGAGGCUGCUGGUUUAGGAAGGGCCAUGUCUGCUUAUAUUACUGUUGCCGCAUUUCUCUUGGGGGCGUUAUGCUCAGGUAUUGCUGGAUAUGUUGGAAUGUGGGUGUCAGUUCGUGCUAAUGUGCGGGUCUCCAGUGCUGCUAGACGAUCUGCCAGAGAAGCAUUGCAGAUAGCCGUUCGUGCUGGGGGGUUUUCAGCCCUGGUUGUUGUUGCUAUGGCUGUGAUUGGUAUCGCCAUCCUCUACUCUACGUUUUACGUUUGGUUGGGAGUGGAUGAUUCUCCAGACUCAAUGAGUGUUAAUGACUUGCCUCUUCUUCUCGUGGGUUAUGGUUUUGGUGCUUCGUUUGUCGCCUUAUUUGCUCAGUUGGGUGGUGGAAUAUACACUAAGGGAGCUGAUGUUGGGGCAGAUCUCGUCGGAAAAGUUGAGCAGGGUAUUCCUGAGGACGAUCCUCGAAAUCCUGCUGUUAUUGCUGAUUUGGUUGGAGACAAUGUGGGGGACUGCGCUGCCAGAGGUGCUGAUUUGUUUGAAAGUAUAGCUGCAGAAAUUAUCAGCGCUAUGAUACUAGGUGGAACAAUGGCCAAGAAGUGCAAAAUUGAAGAUCCAUCAGGCUUUAUCCUAUUUCCUCUAGUUGUUCAUUCUUUUGACUUGGUAAUAUCAUCAAUUGGUAUAUUAUCAAUCAAGGGAACACGUAAUGCUAGCGUUAAAUCUCCGGUAGAGGAUCCAAUGGCUGUACUUCAGAAAGGAUAUUCUCUGACUAUUUUAUUGGCGGUUAUUACUUUUGGCGCGUCCACUCGCUGGUUGCUUUACACCGAACAAGCUCCAUCUGCAUGGUUCAGUUUCGCUCUAUGUGGGUUGGUAGGCAUCAUCACAGCCUAUGCCUUUGUCUGGAUAUCCAAAUAUUACACAGACUAUAAGCAUGAGCCUGUUAGGACGUUGGCUCUUGCUAGCUCGACUGGUCACGGAACCAAUAUAAUUGCUGGGGUCAGCUUGGGUCUGGAGUCGACAGCUCUUCCUGUCUUGGUUAUAAGUGUUGCUAUAAUAUCUGCUUAUUGGCUGGGCAAUACCUCAGGACUAGUUGAUGAAAACGGAGUCCCCACUGGAGGGUUAUUCGGAACAGCUGUUGCUACUAUGGGAAUGCUAAGCACUGCAGCUUAUGUUCUUACUAUGGACAUGUUUGGCCCCAUAGCUGAUAACGCUGGUGGAAUCGUUGAGAUGAGCCAGCAGCCAGAGAGUGUCCGUGAGAUCACUGAUCUUCUUGAUGCUGUUGGGAACACAACAAAAGCAACAACAAAAGGUUUUGCCAUUGGAUCUGCUGCACUUGCGUCGUUCCUUCUUUUUAGUGCGUACAUGGACGAGGUUUCAGCGUUUGCUAGUGUGUCUUUCAAAGAGGUAAGUGUCAUUACAAACCUUUGCUGUAUCCUCCAUGUUCAGACAGCUUCUCAUACUCAUUAUCGGAUUAAAAAACAGGUUGAUAUUGCAAUCCCAGAAGUCUUCGUAGGUGGACUAUUGGGUUCCAUGCUUAUAUUCCUCUUUAGUGCUUGGGCAUGCGCAGCCGUUGGUCGAACUGCACAAGAGGUUGUUAAUGAAGUAAGAAGACAGUUUAUUGAGAGGCCUGGCAUAAUGGAGUACAAGGAGAAGCCAGAUUAUAGUCGCUGUGUUGCCAUCGUCGCAUCUGCAGCUUUGAGGGAAAUGAUUAAGCCAGGAGCUUUAGCUAUAGCAUCACCCAUUGUAGUUGGUUUGGUGUUCCGGAUCUUGGGAUACUACACAGGACAACCUCUGCUUGGAGCUAAAGUUGUAGCUUCGAUGCUCAUGUUUGCAACAGUGUGUGGUAUCUUAAUGGCACUUUUCCUAAACACAGCGGGUGGUGCUUGGGACAAUGCAAAGAAAUACAUAGAGACUGGUGCACUCGGUGGUAAAGGAAGUGAAGCUCACAAAGCAGCGGUGACUGGUGAUACUGUGGGAGAUCCGUUCAAGGACACAGCUGGUCCUUCUAUUCACGUGCUCAUAAAGAUGCUCGCGACUAUAACUCUUGUCAUGGCUCCUGUUUUCCUCUGA